CCGUACUGCCGCUGCAGGGCGUCGCGAGCCACGGCGUGCAGCAAGCGGUACAGGGGAGCCACCUGGCUGUACAGCCUCGCCACCACUGCCCUCGCCUCACACCCCAGCUCCAGCUCCUCCCUCCAGGCGUCACCCAUGUCGUUGUAUCCUGCAAAAUUACCGCCCUGAGAUCUUCUCCGAGGCAAGGUCCCGCGGCGGCAGUGCAGGGUGGCGGGGAAGGCAGGCAGGCCACACACGAGGGAGGGAUGAACCAUGUGCGCCCACCCCGAAAGGAUCCCCCACUACGUAGCAUUUCCUCCUCUUAUUCUUCCUCCCUCCCUUCCGCCGCCUCCUCUUCGUCCUCAGCAUCAGGCAGCUCAGCAGAUAUUACCCGCGGCUACGGUCCCCCCCUCUCUCACUCCACCCCUUCUGUCGACCAAAGUCAAGCGGAGGACACGAGUGACUACCCCGUGUGCAAACCUACCACCGAGUCCAAGAAGUUGCUUGGCACGCGGAAGACUCGCUGUCGUCGGGAGAUAAACGACACCCCGGAGCCACGACGGAAGAAACGCGUCUCUGUGAUGGAGGACGAGGAGCGGCUGUGGAUGUUCACCAAGCGCCAGUGGUUUCUGCUGCUGGUGGUGUGCUCCUCCACCUUCACCAGCUCCUUCGCCAUCUGCCUCUUCCCGCCGUUCUUCCCCAAACUGGCGCAGCAGAAGGGAUGUAGCUCUACCAUAUUUGGUCUCAUCAUAGGGAUGAACUGCCUCACAACCUUCCUGGUGACUCCCUACAUAGGCAAGAAGCUCAGGACGAUUGGCAUUAAGUUCGCUUUCACUUCGGGUGUCUUUGCCAGUGGCGUCUGCUGUGUGCUGUCUGGAUUACUAGAGUGGUUCCCGCCGGGUGUUCCGUUCAUACUUGUAGCCAUCCUGGUUCGGGUCGCUCACGCCACUGCCAACGCGCUCGCCAGCACCGCCAACUUCGCCUACAUUGGACUAGAGUUUCCAAAUGAAAUGGCCAAAGUGUUCGCGUGGACGAGGACGUGCAUGAACGUGGCUCAGAUGUUCGGCCCAGUGGUGAGCGGUGAGCUGAUCGAGGAAGGCGGAUUCAAGCUGCCAUUUUUCGUAAUGGGGACGUUGCAAGUGUGCAUGACGAUGACGUGCUGUCUCCUGCCCCCGGAUGAGCCCCUGGGAACAGAGCGGCCGAAAGACAGCAAGGAGAUCACCAUCAGGCAGGUGGUGAGCAUCCCUGCUAUCUGGAUCACUUUCAUCACCUUCAUCUUUUCCACCAUGAGCAAUGGUUUCCUUUCAAUCAACCUGGAACCGCAAGUGCUUCGUCAGUUUGGACUGCGGGAAAGCUACGUUGGUCUGCUGUUCGGCCUCAAGGACGGGACCAACAGCCUAGCGUCUCCAUUUUGGGGCUGGUUGUGUGACCGCCACCGCAACAACACCAAGCAUUUCAUCUUCAUCUCCUCAAUUCUAGCUUUCAUUUCCUUUUUCAUCCUGGGACCCUUCCCAGGGUUGCCUUUCGAAAGGACUGUCGGCACCGUCAUCUUAUCCCUGUCGCUCAACGGUGUGGGUAUCGGCGGGCAGCAGGUGGCAGGAGUAGUGGAUGCCAUGCGGGAGGCUGUCGCUGCGGGGCUGCCAGACCAGGCAGGACUGCAUGGCUGCGUGGCGGGGCUGUGGACGUCACUGUCUGGUAUCGGUCGCUUCACAUCCAGGACAGGCUCUGGCUACCUCGUGGACACCAUUGGGUUCAGAAAUACUUCAGCGGUCGUUGUGGCACUGCACGCCUUCGUGGUGAGUGAUCACCAUCACGACGCACGCACCACUGCACAGUGACAGAUCAAUGUGUAG